AUGCCAGCGGAAAACCAAAAUACGGGUCAAGAUAGAAGCUCCAACAGCAUCAGUAAAAAUGGCAACUCUCAGGUUGGAUGUCACACUGUUCCUAAUGAGGAACUGAACAUCACUGUAGCUGUGCGAUGCAGAGGAAGGAAUGAAAGGGAAAUUAGUAUGAAAAGCUCCGUUGUGGUAAAUGUUCCAGAUAUUACAGGUUCUAAAGAAAUUUCCAUUAACACGACGGGAGAUACCGGUAUAACUGCUCAAAUGAAUGCCAAGAGAUACACAGUGGACAAAGUCUUCGGUCCCGGCGCUUCCCAGGAUCUAAUUUUUGAUGAAGUGGCGGGCCCAUUAUUCCAGGAUUUCAUUAAAGGUUACAAUUGCACCGUACUGGUAUAUGGUAUGACGUCAACAGGUAAAACAUAUACAAUGACGGGCGACGAAAAGUUAUAUAAUGGUGAAUUGAGCGAUGCAGCAGGAAUUAUACCGAGGGUUCUUUUGAAGUUGUUUGACACAUUGGAACUACAACAGAACGAUUACGUAGUAAAAUGUUCGUUCAUUGAACUCUACAACGAAGAAUUGAAGGACCUCUUGGACAGCAAUAGCAACGGCUCUAGUAAUACUGGCUUUGACGGCCAAUUUAUGAAAAAAUUGAGGAUUUUUGAUUCAAGCACAGCAAAUAAUACCACUAGCAACAGUGCUAGUAGUUCCAGGAGUAAUUCUAGGAACAGUUCUCCGAGGUCAUUAAAUGAUCUAACACCUAAAGCUGCUCUAUUAAGAAAAAGGUUAAGGACAAAAUCACUGCCGAAUACCAUCAAGCAACAGUAUCAACAACAACAGGCAGUGAAUUCCAGGAACAACUCUUCCUCUAACUCUGGCUCUACCACUAAUAAUGCUUCUAGUAACACCAACACAAAUAACGGUCAAAGAAGUUCGAUGGCUCCAAAUGACCAAACUAAUGGUAUAUACAUCCAGAAUUUGCAAGAAUUUCACAUAACAAAUGCUAUGGAGGGGCUAAACCUAUUACAAAAAGGCUUAAAGCAUAGGCAAGUAGCGUCCACUAAAAUGAACGAUUUUUCCAGUAGAUCUCAUACCAUUUUUACAAUCACUUUGUAUAAGAAGCAUCAGGAUGAACUAUUUAGAAUUUCCAAAAUGAAUCUUGUGGAUUUAGCUGGUUCAGAAAACAUCAACAGAUCCGGAGCAUUAAAUCAACGUGCCAAAGAAGCUGGUUCAAUCAACCAAAGUCUAUUGACGCUGGGCAGGGUCAUAAACGCACUCGUAGAUAAAAGCGGCCAUAUACCUUUCCGUGAAUCGAAAUUGACCCGCCUGCUUCAAGAUUCCCUGGGUGGUAAUACGAAAACCGCACUAAUUGCUACUAUAUCGCCUGCAAAGGUAACUUCUGAAGAAACCUGCAGUACAUUAGAGUAUGCUUCGAAGGCUAAAAACAUUAAGAACAAGCCGCAACUGGGUUCAUUUAUAAUGAAGGAUAUUUUGGUUAAAAAUAUAACUAUGGAAUUAGCAAAGAUUAAAUCCGAUUUACUCUCUACAAAGUCCAAAGAAGGAAUAUAUAUGAGCCAAGAUCACUACAAAAAUUUGAACAGUGAUUUAGAAAGUUAUAAAAAUGAAGUUCAAGAAUGUAAAAGAGAAAUUGAAAGUUUGACAUCGAAAAAUGCAUUGCUAGUAAAAGAUAAAUUGAAGUCAAAAGAAACUAUUCAAUCUCAAAAUUGCCAAAUAGAAUCAUUGAAAACUACCAUAGAUCAUUUAAGGGCACAACUAGAUAAACAGCAUAAAACUGAAAUUGAAAUAUCCGAUUUUAAUAACAAACUACAGAAGUUGACUGAGGUAAUGCAAAUGGCCCUACAUGAUUACAAAAAAAGAGAACUUGACCUUAAUCAAAAGUUUGAAAUGCAUAUUACUAAAGAAAUUAAAAAAUUGAAAUCUACACUGUUUUUACAAUUAAACACUAUGCAACAGGAAAGUAUUCUUCAAGAGACUAAUAUCCAACCAAAUCUUGAUAUGAUCAAAAAUGAAGUACUGACUCUUAUGAGAACCAUGCAAGAAAAAGCUGAACUAAUGUACAAAGACUGUGUGAAGAAAAUUUUAAACGAAUCUCCUAAAUUCUUCAAUGUUGUUAUUGAGAAAAUCGACAUAAUAAGAGUAGAUUUCCAAAAAUUUUAUAAAAAUAUAGCCGAGAAUCUUUCUGAUAUUAGCGAAGAAAAUAACAACAUGAAACAGUACUUAAAAAACCAUUUUUUCAAGAAUAACCAUCAAGAAUUACUGAAUCGUCAUGUGGAUUCUACUUAUGAAAAUAUUGAGAAGAGAACAAACGAGUUUGUUGAGAACUUUAAAAAGGUCCUAAAUGACCACCUUGACGAAAAUAAAAAACUAAUAAUGCAGAAUCUGACAACUGCAACCAGCGCGGUUAUUGAUCAAGAAAUGGAUCUGUUUGAACCCAAGCGCGUUAAAUGGGAAAAUUCAUUUGAUCUGAUAAAUGAUUGUGACUCCAUGAAUAACGAAUUCUAUAAUAGCAUGGCAGCGACGCUAUCGCAAAUCAAGAGUACUGUUGAUACAUCAUCAAAUUCGAUGAAUGAGUCUAUUUCAGUCAUGAAAGGACAAGUGGAAGAAUCGGAGAACGCUAUAUCCCUUUUGAAGAACAAUACCAAAUUUAAUGAUCAAUUUGAGCAGCUUAUUAACAAGCAUAACAUGUUGAAAGAUAACAUUAAAAAUUCGAUAACAUCAACACACUCUCAUAUAACUAAUGUGGAUGAUAUCUAUAAUACGAUUGAAAACAUAAUGAAAAACUAUGGUAACAAGGAAAACGCUACCAAAGACGAAAUGAUCGAGAACAUAUUGAAGGAAAUACCAAAUCUAAGUAAGAAAAUGCCGUUAAGGUUAUCAAACAUAAAUAGCAAUUCAGUGCAAAGUGUAAUAUCGCCCAAAAAGCAUGCAAUUGAAGAUGAAAACAAAUCCAGUGAAAAUGUGGACAAUGAGGGCUCGAGAAAAAUGUUAAAGAUUGAAUAG